AUGGCUUCAGAUGACAUAUCUCAGCUUGCUGAUGCUCUCUCCAAGACCCAUGUCGGAGAUGGAGAGUUGAGCUACAAGGGCCUGGGACUGAAGCUGGACAACGCUGAGUCAGUGGAGGAGCUGGUGCGUGACAUCGAGCAGUACCACGGUCUGAGAGCUCUACGCCUGGAAGGGAACACUGUGGGAGUGGAUGCAGCCCGAGCCAUCGCCAAGGCUCUGGAGAACAAAGAUCUGCUCCAGAGAUGCUACUGGAGCGACCUUUUCACCGGGAGACUUCGUUCUGAAAUCCCAACAGCCCUGAGGUCCCUGGGCAGUGGAUUGAUGAGUGCAGGGGCCAGGCUGACUGAGCUGGACCUGAGCGAUAAUGCCUUCGGGCCGGACGGCGUGAAGGGAAUCGAGCAGCUGCUGAAGAGCCCAUCCUGCCACACCCUGAUGGAGCUGAGGCUCAACAACUGUGGGAUGGGAAUCGGAGGAGGGAAGAUUCUGGCUGAAGCUCUGAUCGAGUGCCACAGACAGUCAUCGGCACUCGGAGCGCCACUCAAACUGAGAGUGUUUAUCGCAGGGAGGAACCGCUUGGAGAAUGAAGGAGCCAGAGCCCUGGCCAAAGCCUUCCAGCUGAUGGGCAGCCUGGAGGAGGUCCACAUGCCUCAGAAUGGAAUCAACUACGCGGGUGUGAUGGCGUUAGCAUCUGCCAUGCGACACAACCCAGAGCUCCGUGUCCUUAACUUCAACGACAACACCUUCACAAAGAGGGGAACUCUGGCCAUGGCACAGGCUCUGAGGCACCUGAGGAACGUCCAGGUAAUCAACUUUGGCGACUGUCUGGUCCGCUGUGAGGGAGCCAUCGCCCUCGCUGCAGUCCUGAGAGAGGGGCUGCCCAUCCUGAAGGAGCUCAAUCUGUCAUUUGGAGAGAUUACUGAGGCAGCGGCUCUAGUGGUGGCUAAUGCUGCCAUGGACAAACCUACCAUGGAGAAAGUGGAUCUGAACGGAAACUGCCUGGGAGAGGAGGGCUGUGAGGCUUUGAGGGAAGCUAUGGAAAACUUACACAAAGGAGACAUGCUGGCAUCACUCAGUGACGACGAAGGAGAACCUGAUGACGAAGAUGAUGAAGACGGCGAAGAAAAUGAUGAUGGUGAGGAGGAGGAAGCGGAGGAAGAGGAUGUUAGCGACCACUGUAAUGAAGAUAAUGAAGAGGACGAUGAAUUUGUGAAGGAAAACGGAAUGUCGAGAAAAGAUGACAGUCCUGCUAAACCUCAGAGUCCAGCAGAGAUACUGUCUUUCCUCAGCUGCCCGUCUGCUGAGAAGCUUCUUCAGCUGGGAGAGAUGAGGACAGAUCUGCAGCAACAGGUGGAUGCGACAGACCCAAACAACGCAGCCGAUGUGCUUCUGAAUAUCGCGUCUUUGUACAACGAGGAACCAGAGACCAAGACAGCUGUCCUGGAAACUAUAGACUCGUUGCUGAAGAAGCUCCUCUGUGGUUCAGCCCUCCCGUCAUACUGCUUCCUCUCCACGCUGCUGGUCAGGAUGGGACUCCUGAAGGGAGAGGGGAAGAUGAAGAAGGUUUCGCUGGUCCCAGGUCAGCUCCUGUGUUUGGAACAUGCCGUCCAGCAGGACUACUUCACCCAGCACCAAGCCUCACUGCUUCACACCUUCCUGUCCAAGAACGGCGACGCUCUCAAGUCCUGCAGCAGCAGCAAAGACAGGCUGAACUCUGCUCUGGAGAAAAGGUGCCUUGACCAACACUGAUCAACCACUGCCAAUGCCGACACAGGAAAACACACACACACACACACACACACACACACACACACACACACACACACACUGUACUGACAUUCAUCUUUUCACCUACAGGGAAGCUUUUACACUUGAACAAGGGACAAAUACAACCACUGAUCUCCACUUUUCUUGACUUGUAUAUUUUAUGAAGACAUGACAAAGACUGUCCAGAAUGUCUUCUGAUUUUUAUUUUUCUACUUAUGUUUGUGACUUAUAUUUUUUAUAGAAAAUAAACAUACAAAUAAUAAAAAUAUAGAACUUCAUAUCAGUUAACCUCAGGGUUUAUGCUUAAAAAAAAACCCAAACUGAUUGUAACUUUGAGUGGAGCUAACAUUAGACAAUGUUGGCCUGACACCUUGUGUAGCAUAUUGCUUCACAUUUAGUGAAGCAUGUCAUUUUAUAUUGUUUUAAACGUUAUUGUUAAAUCUUUGAACAAAGCAGCGCACCUCUUCCAGAUGAGGUGACUGAGGUCUUAUUACUGGUGAGUCUGGAAAUUGGCAACAUAAAGCAGAUGCUUUUAAAAUGAUUACAGAUUUGCUGAGUCAGACCUGCAUCACACUGAUAUUCGCUGCUGUGAAAACUUCACUAUUGGAGUUAUGAGGUAUAAUUAGUAGGGACAAAACCAUUAUUCAUGUAAAUCAAAUGGAACAAAAAAAAAAAGUUCAGAAUAAAUUCAUCAUAAAUAAAGAGCUGGCUUUAUUGUUCCAUUUUAUUGAUAUGAUGCAUUACACACUGUUUUGUUUGUUGUUGCAUAUCUGAAAAGAAUAAAGGGGACCAACUUUUAGGGCACAGACAUGCUGCUGUUGCUCGUAAGGUUCAGUCAAGUCAGGGUGCUGUGUGCAUCAGACUGUGAGCAGGAAUGAGCUUCUCACACACACACAUUCACAUACACACAUACACACACACUCAUGAACUUGAAUACACACCGCAUGUGUGCAUCACCCUGCACUGAGCACAGUCAUAACACUGCACAGCUCAGGGGACCGCUAUCACUUCUACCUGCUGUUUCUCUCUCGUCUUCGGGAUCCAUACUCAACACUCUUAUUCAAAUAAAUCGUGCUCUUGUAUGACUGUCACCCGCAAUCAGUUGUAAUAUGUUACCUCAUGUAGCUGUUCAUGCUCGUUGUCGAUGUUUUAGAGCAUUUAAGGGAAUAGGGUGAGAACGGGAUGUUUUAAUGGCAUUUAGAUAAUCUGAAUAACAUAGACAAUGAGGAUUACAUGUGUAUUAAGAUGUUUGUUUAAUGUUUUGUAUUGAAGCUUUGUCAUAAAUUUAACUAAUCUAACAA